ACAAAUUCUCUUGUCAAAUUAUUAAAAAAAAAAAAAGCAAAACCCCCAUAAAACCCUAACAUAAUCACAAAUUCAAAAGUUCACCCGUUUUAAUGGCUCUCAUUGCAUCAACCCCAAACCAAUCAUCCAUUUAUCUUUCCUCUCAAAAUAAACCCCAAAAUAAAACAUUAUGCUACAAAUUUAAACUACCAAUUUUAAAAAACACCAUUUCAAAUCGUUUAACACUAACAUUUCACACCCCCAUUUGCAAACAUGGCGAUUCAUCAAGCACCCCUAACGAGGGGAAAACAAAAAAGACGAGAUUAUCGGCGGCGGUAUCUACAACACCAGGUUUCGAGUCGUAUUCACAUAAGAUUUGGUGGUCGGAUGUUGCAGUGAAGAAUGUAACGAAUGUUCUUGUGGAUGGGAAAUGGGAUUCAGUAUCAAUUGGGAAUUUAAGUGCUGUGGUUGGAAUGCAUGGGUUGGCUCUUUUUGCGCCGUUUAAUUUUAAUUGGGGUGCGUUUUGGGUGGCUGUGGUUUUGUAUUUGGCAACUGGGUUGUUGGGUAUUACGCUGUCGUUUCACCGGAAUUUGGCCCACAAGAGUUUCAAGCUGCCUAAAUGGCUCGAGUACUUGUUUGCUUAUUGCGGGGUGUUGGCCCUUCAGGGGAAUCCAAUUGAUUGGGUGAGCACACACAGGUACCACCAUCAAUUUUGUGAUUCUGAGCAAGACCCACAUAGUCCACUUGAAGGAUUUUGGUUCAGCCACAUGAAUUGGAUGUUUGAUGCUAACAUUGUUAACGAAAGGUGUGGUGUGCAAGACAAUGUAGGAGACCUAGAGAAACAACCAUUCUACAGGUUUAUGAGGAGUUCAUACAUUUUGCACCCACUUAUUCUCGCAGGAUUACUCUAUGCUUUUGGUGGAUUUCCCUACAUUGUUUGGGGGAUGGGUGUAAGAACUGCAUGGGUAUAUCACAUAACAUGGUUCGUGAACUCUGCUAGUCAUGUAUGGGGAACUCAAGAUUGGAAUACCGGUGAUUUAUCAAGAAAUAACUGGUGGGUAGCAUUGCUUUCAUUUGGGGAAGGUUGGCAUAACAAUCAUCACGCGUUCGAGUACUCGGCUCGACAUGGUUUAGAAUGGUGGCAAUUUGAUAUGACUUGGUAUACAAUCAAAUUUCUUCAAGUUAUUGGUUUGGCUAAGGAUGUGAAGCUACCUACUGAGAUUCACAAACAACGUAUGGCUAUUCAAAACGACGGUGUUUCAACUUGAGCUAAUUGGAUGAAUUUUUUUAAAAGUCAUAAUGUAUAUUCGUGUAACUUUGUUAUAGAGAGACACUCAAAUUGGUCGUGAUAAUUUUGAAUCCGGCAUAAGCUCCUUGUUUUGAA